AUGGCUCGAGGGCUCACCCUACCGUUUUCGGUUCUCAUACUUGUCGCAUUGACACAAAUUCGACUAAUGGUGGUCGUUGCAGCCGAACCACAGGUUCCAUGUUACUUUAUAUUUGGAGAUUCAAUGGUUGAUAGCGGCAAUAACAACGGGCUCUUGACAGCAGCAAAAGCCAAUUACCCACCGUACGGGAUUGAUUUCCCACAAGGCGUGACCGGUCGAUUCACCAAUGGUCGAACUAUUGCAGACAUUAUCGGUCAACUUCUAGGAUUUGUUAACUACAUUCCACCAUAUGCUACCGUAACUAACCAAGAGAUCAGCACAGGUGUAAACUAUGGUAGUGGCACUGCUGGUAUUAGAGAUGAAACCGGAAGUCAACUGGGUGACCGUGUCAGCUUGGAUAAGCAACUACUGAAUCACGCAAAAAUAAUCUCUCGCCUUUCGCUCUUUCAACACAACGUGACAUUUACGCAAGAAUACCUGAAAAAAUGCGUUUACAUAUCAGUCAUUGGAAACAAUGAUUACAUUAACAACUACUUGAUGCCUAACAACUACCCCACCAGCCGCAUAUAUACAAUCGAUCAAUAUGCAGCAGUCCUCGUGAAACAAUACUCUAAACAACUAACUACUCUAUACAAAUUGGGAGCUAGGAAGAUUGCGGUGUUUAGUUUGGGUCUGAUAGGAUGCACCCCAUCUGAGAUAGCACAGUUUGGCACUGAUGGAAGACCAUGUGUGGAUUCGAUCAAUGAUGCGGUUAGCCGAUUAAAUAAUAGGCUUAAGCCUCUUGUUGAUGAUCUCAACAAUGAUUUCUCAGAUGCAAGAUUCACUUUCAUCAACCUUACAAGCAUUUCAACACCACCAGAAGGUGUAACAUUACCAACCGAGCCCUGUUGUCAAUUACGGGCAGAUGGACAAUGUGUUCCAAACUCAAUCCCUUGCCCGACUCGCAAUUUAUCUAUUUUCUAUGAUGGUUUUCAUACCACAGAAAUUGCGAACACAGCUUUUGCAACAAGAUCCUACACUGCGCUUUCUCCCAUGGAUGCGUCUCCAUACGAUAUUAGUCAUCUAGCUCAACUAUAA